CAGCCGCUGGGGGUCUGCCUCCGCGGGGCUAAGGCGCUGCCGGGCUGCGGGAAGGGAGCCCCCCGUGUAGGAGGGUCGGUCUGAAGAGGGCGGGGGGUGGGCGUCCCUUCGAGGCGGUGCCGCUGUCUCCCGCAGCAAGACCGGGCAGGCCCGCCCCCGUCCCCGUCCCGGAGGCUGAGGGUCUAGGGCCGGCUGAGGAGUCCAGGCCGCGGCGGUCGAUGCCCCUGCGGUGCGGCGGUUUGCGGAUCGGCCAUGGACGCGGGCGAGCUCCGGGGAGGCAGCUCGGAGCACGGCGAGCCUUGGCCACCGGCCGGCGACGAGCGGGAGGAGGUGGUCAGCCCCGCCGGGCCGGGCGGGCAGGAGGGAGAGCGACGGGCGGGAACCGGCUCCGUCUGUGCGGGAAGCGGCUGCGGCGGGAACCGGCUGAAGGAGCCGAGCCCCGGGAGAAGCGAUCCCUGCGGCCGCCGGACGAGGGGCUGCUCGGCGGGGAAGCAAAGCAAAGUUAACGGUGAGCAGCUGAAUUGGAGCCAGUCUCACAGAGAUCUGAUGAUGAUGAUCCAAGAAAUGAAAAGAUGUUUGCCUGAAGAGAAAAGGAGUUCCAGCAAGCCCAGUACAAUCAGUGCUCUCAACUAUGCCUUGCAGUGUGUCCAGCAGGUCCAAGCAAACAAUGACUUUUUCCAGGCUCUGAAUGACCGAAGGGUGUUUCAGACAGACGUGAUGACAUACAGCAUAGAAGAGUUGGUGGCAGUUGCAUCUGAGCACACUCCAAAAAACACUGACACGUUUGUGGCGGUGUUUUCCCUGCUCUCGGGACGCAUGGUGCAUAUUUCUGAGCAGGCAGCCUCCAUUCUAAACUGUAAGAAGAAAGUGUUGGACUCCUCCCGGUUCGUGGAGCUGCUGGUACCUCAGGAUGUGAGUGUGUUCUAUGCACACACUGAUCAGUCCCACCUGCCACUUUGGAACAUGGAAACUCAAGCAGCUUCUCUGUACGAAUACGCCCAGGUGAAAUCCUUUUUCUGCAGAAUCAGGGGUGGUAAAGAUCAAGAACAAGAAACACGUUGUUACCCUUUCCGAAUCACCCCAUACUUGGUCCACGUAUGUACUUCUGUCCACGUGGAUGCAGAGUCCUGCUGCUUAGCUUUGGCUGAGAAAAUUCACUCUGGAUAUGAAGCUCCUCGAAUUCCUAUGGAUAAAAGAAUCUUCACCACCACUCACACCCCUGGAUGUGUUUUUCUUGAAAUAGAUGACAGAGCAGUGCCUUUGUUGGGUUACUUACCUCAGGAUUUAAUUGGAACGUCCAUACUGAUGUAUUUGCACCCAGAAGAUCGUCCAUUGAUGAUUGCUGUUCACAGGAAAAUCCUGAAAUUUGCUGGCCAAUCCCCUUUCGAACAUCUGCCUAUCAGAUUUUGUACUCAAAAUGGGGAUUAUGUCAUACUGGAUACCAGCUGGUCCAGUUUUGUGAAUCCUUGGAGCAGGAAAGUGGUGUUCAUCAUCGGCCGACACAAAGUCCGGACAAGCCCUCUGAAUGAAGACGUCUUUGCUGCAAGAAGUAAAGAAAUGAGCAGUGUUGAGAAAGAGAUAAGAGAAUUGCAAGGACAAAUUUACAAGCUGCUUCUGCAGCCAGUUCACAGCAAUGUUUCCAGUGGUUAUGGAAGCCUUGGAAGCAAUGGCUCUUAUGAGCACUAUAUCAGCAUAGCAUCUUCGAGUGACUCCAAUGGGAAUUGUGCAGAGGAAAUAACUGAACCAAUGACAUUGCAACAAGUUUGUGCAGAUGUCAACCGAAUAAAGAAUCUGGGACAGCAGCUGUAUAUCGCAUCAAGAAGCAAGCCACAGAAUGGAAACGACCCGGCUGUGAGCUCAGAAGGGCUAGGAGGGAAGAGGCACACUGCUUCCUGUUUUCUUCAGUCAUUGAGAAGUGAUAGCACAGAAGAACUAGGCAAUGCAUUUUAUGAUGAUACAAAGACGACUCCGCGUGUUCCUUCCUAUCAGCAGAUCAAUUGUGUUGAUAGUAUCAUCAGAUAUCUAGAGAGCUGCAGCAUUCCAGCAUUGAAAAGGAAAUGUAAAUCUUCUGCAAAUACGUCAUCGUCAUCUUCAGAAGAUGACAAGCAAGUCCAGGAAAGUCAUCAGGAAGUCGAGGCAUUGGAAGCACUUAAUUCCCAACCUCCAAAAUCUACUGGUGGGGAAGAGACGCUGAGAGACCAGGCAACUGCAGGCGUGGCUGGAGCUCCUCUGGCAGACCUGGCCCUGUCCACCAAGGCUCCCAGCGUGGUGUCUGUCACCAGCCAGUGCAGUUACAGCAGCACCAUAGUGCACGUCCCGCACCCCGAAUCAGAAGUGACUACAAUGGAGGAUACUACUGUUGGAAGUGAACAAAUUGAGCUGCCUCCUGUGAAUGCUCAGAGUCUCACUACGGUACCCGAGGACUUGAAGCCAGUUGGGCUCACCAAAGAGACACUGUCAGCCCACACUCAAAAGGAGGAGCAGAACUACGUUGACAAGUUCCGCCAGAGGAUCUUGCUCUCUCCAUUUAGGACUUACCUUCAACAGGGGAGCAGAAGUAACAACGGACAUUCCUGUGGCCAAGGAGAUUCCCCUUCAAAGCAGAUGAACCCAGCUACCUGUAAGAAAGGCAAACACGGAAAAUUCAAGCGCCAGAAAGCUCAGAGACAGUCCUCAGACAGCCAUUCUUCUAGUAAAAUUAGAAAUAGUCUUCCAUGUGAGAAGAGAACAAUUCAGAAACAGUCAUUCUCUCCCUCAGAAGUGUCCUAUCUGAGCUCCUCCAGUAUGAAUGUCCUUCCUCCUAUGGGAUUUCCUGGCUGUUCGGAUCCGAUCUCUAGUUUUCCAGCCUCUUCUGUAGGAGAGGAGCUUCCCGUGCACUCGUUAAAACCUGAGUCAUUGUCACACCUAUGCUGUGAAGCACAGCCGUGCCCAGCACUUUAUCCCCCAAACAUAGGCACGUUUAUGGCUGUAUUUUUUCAGAGUUUCCCCAUUUAUGCUCAGAUGCCUCAAUAUGUCUUUCUUCCCAGCCCUCAGUAUGUUUACCCCCCUGCUUCCUAUCCAUGCGCGACGCGACCUCCAGCCCCUCACCCUGCUCCAUCACCAGUGGCAUCACGUUCUGUGGGUCAGCCCUUUCCAGCCUUUCCUGCCACAGCCCUGGAAGCCCAGCACGACCCAGCCCUACUGCUCAGCAGCUCCCGCAGCAGCUCCCCACUUCAGCUGAAUUUGCUGCAGGAAGAGCUGCCAAAACCUAUGGAGUUAUCCAUUAGUACUGGUGUUAAAGCCCGUGCAGAAGUGAAAUGUAACAGUGAUCCAGAAGAUAGCAGUAACAGUGCCAGCCAUUGUGCUGCUAGUGAAUUUACCGACCGCUCGCUGUACGAGGACUCCCAGCUGGGUACAGGUUCAGCAGCAUCAGGCAGUGGAUCAGCUUUAUCUGGUUCCUUAGGCUCUUGCUCCAACAAGACUUCUGCUUGUGGCACAGCAGGUAGUGGCGAAAGCAGCAAGUACUUUGCCAGUAAUGAUUCUUCUGAAGCUUCCAAAGAAGAGAAGAAUCAGGAAGCAGAAGAAAAAGGGACAGCUCAUAAAUCCAAACAUGAGUCAGCCUGGGUGAUGAUGGAUCACACACCUGAGAGAGUUCUGAUGACUUAUCAAAUGCCUAACAGAAUUAAAGAGGAAGUUUUAAAGGAGGAUCUGGAGAAGCUGAUGGUCAUGAGGAAGCAGCAGCCAUGGUUUACAGAUGGGCAAAAGAAGGAGCUGGCAGAGGUGCACACCUGGAUCCGGACCCAGACUGUCCCUCUGCAGAUCAGCACCCAGGGCUGUGUUACGUGUGACGUCAGGGAAGCAAGUUGUGAGGCUGCAAUGGCUGAUGACAAUGUGGAGAACAAGGGAAAAUCGCCUCUGUUCCUGUAACGCUGAAGGCGUCAGCGCUUGUGUCUGGAAACAUGUCAAAAAGAUGACUGUCGUUAUCCCGGUUGUAUAAAAAGAGGCAGAGACACAAAGGACUUGCACAGAUGUGUAGCCCCAGUUCAUACCAAAUCCAGGAAUAUAAUUUGGGGAACUUCACCCACUGUAUCCUGUGCUGUCUUUGCUGCCAGUGGUCAAGACGCUGACCUGUACGUAAAAACUUGAUCAUGUUAAAUGUAUUUCUUGUUUGGAGAUGUCAACCCUUCUUGUACCACCUACUACUAUGUAUUUUGUGCCCAAUAGGAUGAUAUAGUGGCAGAAAUCCUAGACCGUUUCCGUAGUGCUGUGACCACCUUACCCUGUAACCAUAUGUAAUGAAGGUGCAUGUGCCUAGGAGUUUGAAUUCAAAGUUUGUAAUUCUGGCUAAAUCUCACACGCAAGAUUCCUUGUCUGGGGCUACACUAGUCCUGGGUUACAGAAAAAAAUGGUGUGGAAAAGAAUACCAUGAAAUUAAGAGGUGAAUCUGUGCCACGUGUGAUGGUGAAACUAAAUUAUUUGCUCAAAAACAUAAACAGUCUUGAUUGCAAAACCAGGUUUAGGACAAAAAACAGUUUCCCAAGCUACUCUUUACCCUGCUAGAACCAUAGCAUCUUGCAAUCAAAUGCCUUAUCAAGCCUUUUGUGAAGGACCUCGUUUCCAUAAGUUUUCAGGAACUGGUAGUUGUUACUUCAGCUUAUGUUAACCUUUGUAGGUUGCUGGAGUAGUCAAAGUGAGAUCUGGUUCUUAUCUGAAAGACCAACGGAGUAAAUAUUGCAGCCAGAUUUGCAUUCUCUAUUUUGUUUAUGUGACUUUGUUUUGCCUGACGUAAUUAAAAUGUUGCAGAGAGUUUAGAGCUGCUUGGAAGGUCACUUUUUUGGUGAUCAAAGGAAAAACAUGCAAAUACAUUAAAUGAAGCAGUUACUACCCCCUGUGGGGGUGUCAGCAGUUUGGAAACCCUUGGUGGAUUUUGCUGGCAAUUUUUUUUUGUUGUAUUCAUAAAUAUAAAAUUAUGUUUUUAAAAGAUGAGUUGAUGUGUGAAUAUAUUCAUGGCAUUGCUAUGAACAGGAGGGACCCCAGUGUAUUUUUACAGUGUGCAAUAAAUAUUUGCUGAAUAUGUAAUGUAUUGGUAAGUUUAUCUUCCAGCUGAAUUGAGUUUUAAAUCACAAUUGAAUGACUUUUUACAUCAGUUGAUAGGAAUAUUUUAUUGAAAUAAUAUUCAGCUGUGGUUGAAUUUACAGUUGUGAUUUUAACUGUACACUUUACAGGAGCUACUGUUUUUAUAAAUAAAACUGAAAAAUAUGCUGCAAAGAACUGUU